CUUUUUGCACCCAUGUGCUAGCAUAGCAACCGCUUAUCCUCUUUGGGAUCCAUAGAAUACUAGACAUAGAUUAGAUAGAUGCGGUGUUUAGCUUCUUCCUCAACUCAAAGCAAUGGCCACUGAAACAGAUCCUAAGAAGGUAUCUUCACAUUGUUGGCGAAAUACUCAAACACCAUUCGCACUCCCCAUUCUCAAACCCCCAAUCUCCAACCUCACCUCUUUCCUUUCUCCCCCUGAACUCCACAAAUCCUUCACCACCGCCACAGAUAACUGUUUCAGAUUUCUUCACUCCCUCGCUUCUCAAAACCCAUUCCUCAACAAAAUCCUCUUCCUUCGCUCAGAAUUCGACAGCUUGUGCUUCCAGAUUCGAUGCAGUAACUAUAGGAGUAGGAAGUGGUUGAGCAGUCACAAUUUCGCGGCUGUUUUGCCUGGGGAUUCGGUGGCUGGGCUUGUGGUGGGUAAUGGAAUCCAGAAUUUCUUGAACAUUUACAACACAUUGCUCGUUGUUAGGCUUGUUUUGACCUGGUUUCCCAAUUCUCCACCUGCCAUCGUUGGCCCCCUCAGCACCAUAUGUGACCCAUAUCUGAACUUAUUCCGUGGAUUAAUCCCCCCUCUUGGAGGAACACUGGAUCUCUCUCCCAUCCUAGCAUUCCUGGUCCUAAACGCCUUCACUAGCGCUUCUGCCGCACUUCCUGCUGAGCUUCCAGUCACACAACAAUCUGAACAAGGUGUUGCAGCAACACUGCAGUCUACUGAUAUUACUUCUUCACAGAAGAAAUGGAUGAAACGGCUUCAAGGGAACAGGAAAACAAAGAGCUCUGAUGGUGCACAUGCUAAGGUUUCAAUGUUGUACCUUUAGAUGCUUUUUGAUCUUACAGGUUUCUGUUGUACCUAGUUGUGAUAGUUCUAGCUUUCUAGGCAAUUCAAUUUUCGAGCUUGUGAUUCCUGAGAUGUGAAGAGUGUGUGUUGUGGACUGCUUGAGCUGCCACAAUUUUCGAGUUUGUUUUUUUAAUUUUUGUUAUUACAAUACACAAAUCUCAUUGUUUUCCUUUCCUUU